AUGGCGGCUCAGCGCAUCCGGGCUGCCAACGCCAGCGGCCUCCCGCGGUGCAAGUCCGAGGGGGCCCUGAUUGACCUGAGCGAGGGGCUUUCAGAAUCGAGCUUUAGUGAUGUCAAAGUGCCUUCUCCCAGUGCCUUGCUCAUUGACAAUCCCACACCCUUUGGAAACGCGAAGGAGGUGAUCGCAAUCAAGGACUACUGCCCAACCAACUUCACCACCCUCAAGUUCUCCAAGGGCGACCACCUGUAUGUCCUGGACACGUCGGGCGGGGAGUGGUGGUACGCGCACAACACCACUGAGAUGGGCUACAUCCCCUCCUCCUACGUGCAGCCCUUGAACUACCGGAACUCCACCCUCAGCGACAGCGGGAUGAUCGACAAUCUUCCAGACAGCCCGGACGAAGUCGCCAAGGAGCUCGAUUUGCUCGGGGGAUGGACGGAUGCCAAGAAGGAAUCCAGCAAACCCUACAGUAAUAAUCCUUUCUGGAACGGGGUCCAGACGAACCCGUUUCUCAACGGGAACAUCCCGGCGAUGCCCGGCACAGACGAGCUGAUGCCCAGAAGCGCCGUGGACUUGCUCCUCUUUGACACAGGGACAUCCUCCUUCACCGAGUCCAGCUCAGCGACCACCAACAGCACUGGCAACAUCUUUGACGAGCUGCCAGCCGCCAGCCGCCUCCCCGCGGAGCUGCCCGUCAAGCGGGACAACCCUUUCUUCCGAAGCAAGCGUUCCUACAGCCUAUCGGAGCUCUCCGUGCUCCAGGCCAAGUCCGACGAGCCCACGUCCUCGGGGUUUUUCACAGGCUUGAAAUCGCCGGCCCCCGAGCAGUUCCAGAGCCGCGAGGACUUCCGGGCCGCCUGGCUAAGCCACCGGAAGCUGGCCCGGUCUUGCCACGACUUGGACUUGCUGGGCCAAAGCCCUGGGUGGGGCCAGACCCAGGCGGUGGAGACAAACAUCGUGUGCAAGCUGGACAGCUCGGGGGGCGCCGUGCAGCUGCCGGACACCAACAUCAGCAUCCACGUGCCCGAGGGCCACGUGGCUCCCGGGGAGACGCAGCAGAUCUCCAUGAAGGCUCUGCUGGAUCCCCCGCUGGAGCUCAACAGCGACCGCUGCAGCUCCAUCAGCCCGGUGCUGGAGGUGAAGCUGAGCACGCUGGAGGUGAAGACCCACCUUAUCCUGGAGAUGAAGGUGUCAGCUGAGGUGAAGAGUGACAUUUUCAGCAAGAGCACGGUGGGCCUCCAGUGCCUGAGGAGCGACUCCAAGGAGGGGCCCUACAUCCCCAUGCCUCUCGCCUACAGCUACGGGGACACAGUCCAGGUCCAGCUGGACAACCUGGAGCCCUGUAUGUACCUGGCCAUCGUUGCCCAUGGCCCGAACAUCCUCUAUCCUUCCACGGUCUGGGACUUCAUCAAUAAAAAAGUCACCGUGGGUCUCUAUGGCCCCAAACACAUCCACCCGUCCUUCAAGACAGUGGUGACCAUUUUCGGGCAUGACUGCGCCCCAAAGACCCUCCUGGUCAGCGAGGUCACCCGCCAGGCCCCUAGCCCGGCCCCAGUGGCCCUUCAGCUCUGGGGCAAGCACCAGUUCAUCCUGUCCAGGCCCCAGGAUCUCCAAGUCUGUGUGUUUUCCAACAUGACCAACUACGAGGUCAAAGCCAGUGAGCAGGCCAAGUCAGUGAGAGGGUUCCAGGUGAAGCUGGGCAAGGUCAGCCGCCUCAUCUUCCCCAUCACAUGCCAGAACCCCAGCGAGCUCUCUGACUUCACCCUGCGGGUUCAGGUAAAAGACGACCAGGAGGCAAUCCUCACCCAGUUUUGCGUGCAGACCCCCCAGCCGCCCCCCAAAAGCGCCAUCAAGCCGUCUGGGCAGAGACGAUUCCUCAAGAAGAACGAGGUGGGGAAGAUCAUCCUGUCCCCGCUGGCCGCCACCACCAAGUACCCGACGUUUCAGGACCGCCCCGUGUCCAGCCUCAAGUUCGGCAAGUUACUCAAGACGGUGGUGCGGCAGAGCAAGAACCACUACCUGCUGGAGUACAAGAAGGGCGACGCCAUCGCGCUGCUCAGCGAGGAGAAGAUCCGGCUCAAGGGGCAGCUGUGGACCAAGGAGUGGUACAUCGGCUACCACCAGGGCAGGGUGGGCCUGGUGCACGCCAAGAACGUGCUGGUAGUGGGCAAGGCGCGGCCCAGCCUGCUCGCGGGGCCCGAGCUGAGCACGUCGGUGCUGCUCGAGCAGAUCCUGCGGCCCUGCAAGUUCCUCACCUACAUCUACGCCUCGGUCCGCACGCUGCUCAUGGAGAAUGUCAGCAGCUGGCGCUCCUUCGCCGACGCCCUGGGCUACGGGGACCUGCCGCUCACCUUCUUCUGCCGGGCCGAGCUGGACAGUGAGCCCGAGCGGGUGGCGUCCGUCCUGGAGAAGCUGAAGGAAGACUGCAACAACACGGACAACAAAGACCGGAAGUCCUUCCAGAAGGAGCUCAUGAUGGCCUUACUGAAGAUGGACUGCCAGGGCCUGGUGGUCAGACUCAUCCAAGACUUCGUGCUCCUGACCACUGCGGUCGAGGUGGCGCAGCGCUGGCGGGAGCUGGCCGAGAAGCUCGCCAAGGUGUCCAAGCAGCAGAUGGACGCAUACGAGUCCCCCCACCGGGACAGGAACGGGGUGGUCGACAGUGAGGCCAUGUGGAAGCCCGCCUACGACUUUCUCCUCACCUGGAGCCACCAGAUCGGGGACAGCUACCGGGACGUCAUCCAGGAACUGCACAUCGGCCUGGACAAGAUGAAGAACCCCAUCACCAAGCGCUGGAAGCACCUCACAGGGACCCUGAUCCUGGUGAACUCCCUGGACAUCCUGCGAGCCGCCGCCUUCAGCCCCGUGGACCACGAUGACUUCGUGAUUUGA